CAGCCUCAGCUCAUAGCCCAGAAGCCACCAAAGCUGACAUGUGGGUUUAAACCCUCCUCCAUCUGUCAAAAACUACUACUGACACAGUGACCUUGAGCAAGGUAACCAGGGUUGACAUCCAAUAUGAGCACGUUUUAUCCUGGAUACCAGGCUCCUCUGUGCUGUAUAAAGACUGAGCAGGACACCUGGCCUCAGCACACAGCCUGCAGACGCCAGAGAGGAUGAUGGCUGUACAGGUCAGCAGAGUGAUGUUCCCCUUGAUGUUGAGUUUGUUUCUGGGAGCCUCAUCUUCCAUUUGGCCCCUGGCUCCUGCAGCGGCCUUCCAGCUGCCACCCUGCCAGCUCAUCAACCAGACGGUGUCUCUAGAGAAGGAGGGCUGUUCCAAGUGUCACCCAGUGCAAACAACCAUCUGCAGUGGUCACUGCAUCACCAAGGACCCUGUCAUCAAGAUACCGUUCAGCAACGUUUAUCAGCAUGUGUGCACGUACCGGGACUUUUACUACAAGACAUUUGAGCUUCCCGACUGUCCUCCCGGUGUGGACCCGACCGUAACCUACCCUGUGGCUUUGAGCUGCCACUGCGGCCGCUGUGCCAUGGACACGUCUGACUGCACCUUCGAGAGCCUGCAGCCCAACUUCUGCAUGAAUGACAUACCUUUCUACUACUAGUCUCAAGUAAUAGCAGCAUAAAGCACAUGAAAACACACUAUACAUAUAGAAACUGUGCUGACUUUUAUCAUCAACUGUAAAUAAAGAUUGUUACAUUUGCCAGUGCAAAAGAAUUCUGUUUCUAUUUCUCGUGCAAUUAAACUUGGGACAAUACCCACAUUGAA